CCAACGCCAAGAUGUACUCAAAUCCGCCAUUGAGAACGAAGGCUCUUAAGCAGGUAACCUAUACGCAAGAUGAGAAGAUGGAUCCUCAGGAUGCGAAAAAGGCACUCCUCAAGAAGCACAGGCGCAACUGCGAACUCGACCUCGACUACAAGAUGCUCGGCUCAGAGAUCCGUGACGUGCUCGCCAACCAGGGCAUUGGCGAGCGAGAAUUGUAUGAGGGCCCUGAGUACCCUGGCAUUGUGGAGGAAGACGAGGCCUACCUGCGCAGGGGUACAGCCGAGGUGGUGGAAUGGGACCCCACGACGGCAGAAUGGGGUGAUAAAACAGGCAUCUGGGUCUGAGGCCUGGAAUUUUAGGAGCACGAGAGAAGAUGCUCCCCUGAUGUUGUACGCGCAGCAAUCAGAAUGGGUUUUUGCUGCUGGCCAACACACACACACACACAAAACAACAUAAGAUGGAAGGACAAGGUUCUAUGUACAACGUGUCUUGAGUAACGAAGGGGUUCAUAUGAUGCCACUCACUGCAUAUCGAAUUCACUUGCAAAAAGUAGAUGGCUUCAGAUAGCCCUACUAGGUUAAACAAAAUGUGAACAUUACAAUG